AGAUAAAACGAGUCGACUCGAGUCGAAGUGGACUCUAACGAGCAUGGUAAAGAACGUCAGACUAGAGAGAAAGUGAGUGAGUAUCGGUUCGUAUCGGCGAGCGAGCGAUUGUGCAACGAAACGACAUGAUUUUAAAAUAGUUGUACACAAGUUAUAUGUAUAAACAGUGUUGGCACGUAUAGCUGAACAACUAUUGAAAGUUUUCGUAUGGUUAAAUUUUGGUAUAACAUUAUAACUAAAUCUUUUAACAUAUUACAUGGCAAGUAUGAUCCUUCAAAUGUUCUCUGUCUCGUUCGUCGUGCAUACACGAUUAUACUACCAUCACGCGAUUCGAAGACGCAGUGUAGAAACGAGAGCAAGUAGUUUACACAAGUGAAGAAACGUGAGGACAUUAUUAAUUAAUUUAACGUUUUCGUCUAAUAAACGUUUGUUUUAUCAUUUCAUUUUUUAAGGUUAGGCAUUCUACAUCGUUACGCUGUGUGCAUGUUUUUGAAUAACAAUGUUAAAUCUUGAAUCAAGUAUCAUAUUUUCUUUUAACAUCAAUAAAAUCAUCUUACAGUGAAUUUGUUUAUUAAAAUUUAUAAUAAAGUAAAAAAACUUCAUUGUGUAAUCAAAUUUGUAUAUACACGCAUCUAUAUAAUCUUUAGUAUGCUUCGAAUUUUAUUAUUUCUAUCUGUAACAAAUGAAAUCUAAUUUGGAAUCUAACAAAUAUUGGACAAUAAACUAUUGUAAAGCAGAGAUGCAAAUUCAAAUGUAUAUUCAGUUCGAUAUAUAACGUAUAUAAUCAGUACGAUAUAAAAUCAGGAAAAAAAUGAGAACAUUUACGUUCAUGCUUUGUUCGGUGCUUUUAUUAUCUUUACUGCUACUCAUUAGCAUUGUGUCAUCGGCCCCUUUCUAUGAGCAUGUUGCCCUUCAAGCUGCCGAUCAAUGUGAUUGGAUUGGAAGUGGUGGCGGUGGUCGCGGUGUUCGACCAGUAUAUCUACGAUGUUCCAGAGGAACAAUAUUAUGGCGUUAUCCACGAGGAGCUUUACGUGUAGUUCUUUCGCCUCCUAUUUUAAAUGAAUUGAUAUCGAAGAUUCAUUAUGAAUUCAUUCGAAAAAAAGAUGAUAUUAUUAUGAAAAACGAUAUCAAUCCGAUUAGUAACAAUAGCGCUUUUCAGUUAUUUGGUUUUCGUACUUGUACUAAGGUUUCAGGACCCAUAAGAGUAUAUUUGGAAACGGGUGGAAAACUUCGAUCAGUAUAUUCGCCAAGAGAUGGCAAACAUAAAGCUUCGCACAGAUGUUUUCACGCAAAGAAACAACCUGCAGCACUUUAUAUAGAAGCAGAAGAAUCGAGUGAAUAUCAUGAUGCGAGACUACAAUACGAUUUGGAAUUACGAUAUAUUGAUAGUCGAAAAGAAAUAUCACGACGAUUUAAUGAUGAAGAAGAAGAUUGUAGGCCAUGUUCUAUGGAUGAAUUAGCUAAAGCUUAUUGUCAAAGCGACUUCAUAGCCAGAGGUACAGUGAGUGCCGUUCAAAAACAACCGAAUUUGGAAGCUGCUGAACUUGUCCUUAGAGUAACAAAAAUUUUACGUCGAAUCGAAGAAAACGAGAAUAAUGAUGCAGAUGCCACCGAUUUCCAUGAUCACAGAAAUAUUCAUAUAAGAGUACCAGCCGCUUGUGACGCACGCCAUGGUCAGGGCGAGUUUGUGAUAAUGGCUAAACGAAGACUCGGUGAUCUUGUUUUGGUUUGUGCACCGAGAAUAGAAACAUGGGCUAAAACAGUCCGCGAGUUAGAAAGUGCGCCGUGUGUUCUUCGAAGUUAGUAUAUUCAUUUAACGAAAUCUUGUAAAUAAUUUAUUUCUCUAUUCUGAAUGAUAUGAUAUCGAUCUCCAAACUGUGAUAUUGUUUUGUGGAAAUUUUUUGUAAAAAAUACACAAUUUUUAGCAACAUAA